UUAAACUAUAGAGCUUCGUCCUAAAGCUAUAGCGUUGACCCAAACUGAGCAAGCAUUGCCAUUUUUAUUAUCCACAUCUUAGCUCCGUAAUCAGAUCUUCUUUAUCCCUCUUGAGCAUUAGCGAUCCAGGUCAGUUUUUUUUUUUUUACUUUCUCUUCCUCUUCUCACCAAAUUUUGUCCACAUAAUUACAAAUAUUAUGUGUUUGAAGUUCAAAAUCAAGAAAUUCUCCUUACAAAUUAAUCUAAAGUUUCAGGUGCGUAUUAUUUGCUCCUUAACUGUGGCUAUAACUAAUAUGCUGUAAUUGUCUCGAUUAUGAUAAUUCAUUCUUGAUAAUCUAUAAACCCAUAAGCUAUUACAGUAUCAGCAUAUUAAAAGGUUUGUAUUGUUUACACUUUACAGGGAAGAAAUGAUGUGAGAUGAACAUAGAAGUUUGUUGACUCUGAAAAAAGCAAGCAGUUGAUUAGUGAUCAUGUCAAAAGGACAAUUGCAAGUAUUUAAUUCGCUCGAUUUAGCCAGAACACAAUGGUACCAUUUCAAAGCCAUUGCGAUUGCUGGUAUGGGUUUUUUCACGGAUGCCUAUGACUUGUUCUGCAUCUCCUUGGUGGCAAAGCUGCUCGGACGCUUGUACUAUACCCGACCUGACGCAGAUACGCCAGGGACCUUGCCCAUUAAUGUAUCAGCCGCAGUAUACGGUGUGGCGCUUUUCGGAACCAUGGGUGGGCAGCUUUUCUUUGGAUGGCUCGGAGAUCAUAUGGGUCGAAAAAAGGUGUAUGGAAUGACGUUGAUUUUGAUGAUCUUUACGUCUAUUGCCUCAGGAAUCUCCUUUGGGGGUCGUACUGCCAAAGGGGUGUUGACUACUCUAUGCUUUUUUCGAUUCUGGCUUGGGUUUGGUGUUGGAGGUGAAUACCCUCUUUCAGCCACCAUCAUGUCAGAAUACUCCAACACCAAGACCCGUGGAACCUUCAUAGCCGCUGUCUUUGCAAUGCAAGGUUUGGGUAUAUUAGCUGGUGGAAUAGUAGCCCUCAUAGUUUCAGCAGCAUUCGAGAACAAGUUCAAACCUCCCCCCUUCAAAUUAGACCCUGUGGGCUCUAUGCCACAGGAAUCAGACUACAUUUGGCGUAUUGUGUUGAUGUUUGGUGCUGUUCCUGCUGUCCUGACCUAUUAUUGGCGUAUGCAAAUGCCUGAGACUGCUAGGUACACUGCCUUAGUUGCCAGAAACCCUAGACAGGCAGCUGAAGACAUGUCAAAAAUCCUCAAGGUACAUCUAGAUGCAGAGGAAGAGAGAUUUGAGGAAAUAGUAAGAAGUGAAAGGCACCAGUUUGGGCUUUUUUCUAGUGAAUUUGCUCAUCGAUAUGGUAUCCGUCUCUUAGGAACCACGAGCACUUGGUUCUUACUCGACAUUGCUUUCUACAGUCAAAAUCUUUUUCAAAAAGAUCUCUUCUCCUCAGUUGGAUGGAUUCCUCCUGCAAAUGAAAUGAAUGCGAUUAGAGAGGUUUAUAUGAUAGCGAGGGCUCAAACCUUGAUUGCUCUUUGUGGAACAGUCCCUGGAUAUUGGUUCACUGUGGCCUUCAUAGAUGUAAUUGGUAGAUGGUGGAUCCAAAUGAUGGGAUUCUUUUUUAUGACUAUAUUCAUGUUCGCCAUUGCCUUUCCCUACGACCAUUGGAAAAAGGAGCAUAAUCGUAUUGGGUUCAUUAUCAUGUACGGUCUUACCUUCUUCUUUGCCAAUUUCGGUCCCAAUGCCACCACCUUUGUGGUGCCAGCAGAGAUUUUCCCCGCUAGGCUCAGAUCCACUUGCCAUGGUAUAUCAGCCGCAUCCGGAAAGGCUGGUGCUAUAGUAGGAGCCUUGGGAUUUGUUUACGCAUCUCAAGAGAAGGAUCCGAUUAGGAGACAUGAGGGUUAUCCAGCUGGUAUUGGUAAGAAGAACUCUCUUAUCGUUCUUGGCAUAAUCAACUUCCUUGGUAUGCUCUGCACUUUCCUCAUACCAGAGCCCAUGGGUAAAUCUCUUGAAGAACUUGCUGGAGAAGUUGAUUUUGAGGAUGCUGAUUAUGAGGUUAGAGCUGGCGCUUGAUUAUAAUUUCUUUACUACUCAUAACUGAAUAGGCAAACUUACAACAACUGAUAGAAUACUUAACUUCAGGUUUUUUGUCCUCCCAAAAUUAAUUCGGUUUGUUGUACAUCUUGGUUUCGUUAUUUGUGUAUUGAUUCCCAGCCUCACUUGAGUAAAUAAGGUUUUUAUUUCCUUGUACAUAUGAGUGUAUACACAAACUCAAAACAAUUCAGGUGAGAUAGCUAUAACUUUUCGUUAAAUUGAGUUGAUUUCUGUUACUUUCCAUCUAACAAAUUUCUAUGUAUAGUUUAAGGAUAUAUAUGUAUUGGAUGAGAGCUUUACCAACCAAAAUAUAAUCACAUCCGCGUAUGAUCCCUCUU